UGUGAGAAUAUUAAAUAUGUCCCACAUUUCAUUUGAAUUCUUAGAAAAUGUUGAAUUGUCUCUCUUAGACCUCUCUUAUAAAAAUGACCUUGCAGGUGCUGGAUGAGCAGCAAAUUCCCACAGAGGCUUUUGGUCAGCUACAUCACUACUGUGGCCUUUCCAUGUGUGGUGAUACUAUAUAACACGUGCAUGCUGGGGCUGGUGGUUUUUAAGCUGUGGGGGCUAAGGGCACGCGAUAGUGGCUGGAACAAGAUGAACAGAGAGAAAGGGAGCAGACUGUGGAAGGAUUGUGCCACAGUGCUGGGCCUCAGCUUUGUGCUGGGGUUACCUUGGGGCUUAGCCAGCACCACCUACAGCUCCCUCCCUGGGUUAUACAUCUUCACUAUACUCAACUCCCUGCAGGGUGUAUUUGUGUUCCUGUGGUCCAUGGCUUUGACUUGCAAGUCUCGAUCUGAUCAUAAUUCCUCAGUCAAAGACUUUUCCACCUCUCAGAAAAUGAUGACUACUAGUUUCAAUAGCUGAAACAGCUGUAAACACUGUAAAUAUAUUAUUAUUUAUACAUUACCUAUAUUAGGUCUUUGCUGCCCUUUGGAUUCCAGUU